AUGGCACGGGCAGGUUGUACAAGGAGGGUGAACAUAAGUGUUUUUUUUUAUGCCUUGAUAGGUAAUCUCUACACCAGACAAGUCCAAAUAGAAGGUGAAACCCUGGCUAUUCAGGUUCAAGACACUCCCGGCAUUCAGGUCCACGAGAACGGCUUGAGCUGCAAUGAACAGCUGAAUAGGUGCAUUCGCUGGGCAGAUGCUGUGGUGAUCGUUUUCUCCAUCACCGACUACAAGAGCUAUGAACUCACUGGCCAGCUCCACCAGCACGUCCAGCAGCUCCACCUGGGCACCCGGCUGCCCGUGGUGGUCGUGGCCAACAAAGCUGACCUGCUGCACAUCAAGCAGGUGGACCCUCAGCUUGGACUACAGCUGGCCGGCAUGCUGGGCUGCUCGUUCUAUGAAGUGUCGGUCAGCGAAAAUUACAAUGAUGUCUACAACGCUUUCCACGUGCUGUGCAAAGAAGUGAGCCACAAACAGCCGCCGAGCAGCACGCCAGAGAAGCGAAGAACAUCCCUCAUCCCCAGGCCCAAGUCGCCCAACAUGCAGGACCUGAAGAGGAGGUUCAAGCAGGCCCUUUCUGCUAAAGUGAGGACUGUCACCUCCGUCUGAAGCAGAGGCACUUGGGGGGCUUUGCUCUUCCCAGGAAGAGUCUGUGGUUCUUCCGGUGCGGGCACAUUGAAUGCUGGCAGUAAUUCAUGGUUCCAGAAGGGGCUGGAGCAGGGAGGCCAGGAGGGCCUGUGGAACUGGUGCCGAAAAGGAAGCACUGUUCCGAGCAGGGGACAGAACUGAUGAGGCUUGGACGAGCCCACGGAGCCACUCUCGGAAUAUGUGAAAUGUACUCCAAGUCUUUUCCUGUGGAGGGGGAGGGGCACAAUCACUCCGGAUUUUGUCCUUAACUACCUUGUAAAUGAUGGUCAGUUGUAGUUUCACCAAAUAUAUUGAUGUGAUUUACAGUGGGAAUGAAAGAAUAGAUUCAGCUCUCACAGGCUUUCCUUUUUUCCUUCUACCUUCUUUCUCCCCCUGCCCCCCAAGGAAGAUUUGCAUCUCUGGAACACGGUUCCUUACAGAAUGCCUUUCUAACCUGAAGGGUACCUGGAUUUCUUUUUAAAGAACAAAGACGAAAAUAUUUCCCCAUCCCCCCAAAAAAGGGUGGAGUUUAUGGGCCAAAAUGUGUACCCAGACAUCUGUAAGUUUAUAUGCCCUGACACGGGGAGGCUGCUGAGUUGGGCCUGUGUCGAGUGGUUGUGAACUCAAACUCUUCAGCCCCAAACUUUGAGUGGUUGUGAGACUGUAUACUUUUUAAAAAAAACAAACCUCUUGCAUCAGGUACAGGAAAAAAACGUGUCCAUUGAACUUGGUGUGAUUUGUGUAAAUGGCUCAUGGCAAUGACAUUGGGCAGCUUCCCUGGCCUAGCUGAGCCAUGGCUUAAAUACCAAAACAUACAGCGAGUGAACAGAUGCACAAAUCCCCUACACAGAUGCACUUUAAAGCCACUCAUGCUUUGGCUUAAAUUGUAAUUAAUUUAUUUUGUGUAAAAUAAAUCUCCUUUUAAAAGAGCA